UUUCUGAGUGCAGCAAAUCUAUUAUUCAUGAGUCUUUUGCAUAUGGAAGAUGAACGAUUUUCGUUCAGUGUUGGUGGUGACAUUUCGGAGAAGAUAGUGCUGAUUGAGCUUGUACCGAGUAUUGCAGGUGUUGAACGUGUGACAACCGGUGUUUGGAUCUGGAACGAGCCAAUAAUACUGCGAACUGAUCGAGGUUAUCGAUUGGCUGUAUUCCUGAUUGACACACAAGGCAUCAUGGAUAAAACACAAUCGUUUGGUAAUUGCGCUGCUAUUUUUGGACUUUCAACCAUGAUCAGUAGUAUACAGGUUAGUAUUUAUAAUGUGAUGAAGCUGAUUAACGAAAGUCAUCUGCAAAGUUUAUCAGUAUUCAGUGAUUUCGGACGAAGUGUUCAGCCUGAAAAAGUUAAGACUGGUGACUCACAACGAGAUCGUCUUCAGAGUCUCGUAAUUGCAGUUCGUGAUUAUCAGUUCGCAGAUAGUUAUCCGUACGGCCAAGAAGGUGGUAAACGAUACUUGGAGAGCGUCCUAAAGUGCUCGGGUAAUGAUGAAGGCGCAUUGACGCGGCAGCGACUCGAGGAUUGCUUCAAUCGCAUCGGUUGCUAUUUGUUGCCACAUCCUGGUCUGAAGGUUACCGAGAACCCGCUUUUUGAUGGCGAUAUUUCUGGUGAGUUCAUCGAACAGCACCUUAGCGAAUGA